AAGUCAUUCAUUCUUCAGGGCCUAGUGAGAAACAGAGGGGUGUGCGAUUCUAAACCUCGGGAGUUUCGGUGGUCCCGAAUCGUCAGUGUCACUCGGUCUUUUACUGGUCUGGUCCUAUCUUCCUCCGUUCACCUGUGGUUGAAUUUGCGAAGCAGCCUGUCUGCUUCUCCUUACACUGAGGUCUGCUCUGCGGCUCUCGGUGCCCCCGGGUGAGCGAGCGUGCGGUGGCAGUGGCGGAGGGCUGUCGCCAGGCUUCAGACCCAUCCAUCCUUGGCCUCUUGCCAAGCGCACGGAUGAGGGGCGCGGCGGUGGAAGCUGGGCGGGGGAGGGCGCACCGGGUCUGCUGGUGGGCGGGCCCCUCAGUGGCUCCUCCCCCGCACCCGCCUCCGCGUGCUCCCGCCACCCCCGCGCCCGCCGCCACCGCACCGAGUAGCCUGGCGGCCGCCGCCAAACUUUCCCCGGAGCUGCUGGCGCGGGGAGGGAGCCAUCUCUGGAGGCUGCCCUUGUGCCAAUGAGCCUUCCUAACACAUCCUCUGCCUUCGAAGACAAGAUGUGUGAGGGGAACAGGACCGCCAUGGCCAGCCCUCAGCUGCUGCCCCUGGUGGUGGUUCUAAGUAGCAUCUCCCUGAUCACAGUGGGCCUCAACCUGCUGGUGCUGUAUGCUGUGCACAGUGAACGCAAGCUGCACACAGUGGGCAACCUGUACAUUGUCAGCUUGUCAGUUGCAGACCUGAUCGUAGGGGCGGUCGUCAUGCCCAUGAACAUCCUGUAUCUCAUCAUGACCAAGUGGUCCCUGGGCCGCCCCCUCUGCCUCUUUUGGCUCUCCAUGGAUUAUGUGGCUAGCACGGCGUCCAUCUUCAGUGUCUUCAUCCUGUGUAUAGAUCGCUAUCGCUCCGUCCAGCAACCCCUCCGGUACCUGAGGUAUCGAACCAAGACCCGGGCAUCAGCUACCAUCCUGGGAGCCUGGUUUCUCUCCUUCCUGUGGGUUAUACCCAUUCUUGGCUGGCAUCACUUCAUGUCCCCAGCUCCAAGUCUUCAGGAAGACAAGUGUGAGACAGACUUCUACAAUGUCACUUGGUUCAAGAUCAUGACUGCCAUCAUCAACUUCUACCUCCCCACUUUGCUCAUGCUAUGGUUCUACAUGAAGAUCUACAAGGCCGUGCGGCAACACUGUCAGCACCGCCAGCUUACCAAUGGGUCCCUCCCUUCCUUCUCUGAAAUCAAGCUGAAGUCAGAGGAUGCCAAGGAGGGUGCCAAGAAACCCGGGAAAGAGUCUCCCUGGGGAGUUCUGAAAAGACCAUCAAAAGACCCUAUUGGAGGAUUGGAUCAGAAGCCAACAUCUGAAGACUCCAAGAUGAACUCUCCAACUACCUUCAGCCAAGAGGGGGAUAGGGAAGUUGUCCCACGCCACUGUUUCCAUCUUGACAUUAUGCAGACACAGACUGCGGCUGAUGGAGGCAGCAGGGGCUCAGAGGCCAAUGACCAGGCUCUGAGACAGCCCAAAAUGGAUGAGCAGAUCCUGAGCACUUGUCAGCGGAUCAGUGAGACAUCAGAGGACCAGACGUUGGUAGACAGACAGUCCUUCUCCCGGACCACAGACUCAGACAACAGCAUAGAUCCAGGGCUGGGCAGAGGCAAACUGAGAAGUGAGUCUAACAGUGGCCUGGAUUACAUCAAGAUCACCUGGAAGAGGCUCCGCUCACAUUCUAGACAGUAUGUGUCUGGGUUGCACUUGAACCGAGAGCGGAAGGCAGCCAAGCAGUUGGGUUUUAUCAUGGUCGCCUUCAUCCUCUGCUGGAUCCCCUAUUUCAUCUUCUUCAUGGUCAUUGCCUUCUGCAAGAGCUGCUGCAGUGAACCCGUGCACAUGUUCACUAUUUGGCUGGGCUACAUCAACUCUACAUUGAACCCCCUCAUCUACCCCCUGUGCAAUGAGAACUUCAAGAAGACGUUCAAAAAAAUCCUGCACAUUCGCUCUUAAGGGUACACCAAAAGAAUGCCACAGAGUGGGUGGACAUGUCUGAUGUCGAAGAGGGAACCAGAGGAAGGAAGCAUGACUGUCACUAUACCCCUGGGCAAUGGGGCGUGGAAUCUAAGGUCUUGGGCUGAGCAGUACGGAGGCAUUCCCAGGCACCGUCAGAAAGAAAGCAGGUGGCAGAAAGAUUGUACUUGGGGUAGUAGAAUUUGGAGUAUUUGAAAGCAACCUGGGCAGAGCAUGCCUGGCCCUCAGGGACCAUGGAAGUGUCAGAUGAUCCUUGGAUGUCAAGCUCUCUGACUCAAGUGUGGACGUGUUGCUAGAGUCCUUCUGUGGGGUUAGCCUGGACUCUGAGACUUUCCGAGAAAAAAAAAGAAAAAGAAAAAGAAAAAAAAAAAGCUGUGUGACUGCAGAGACAUGUACACAGAUGCUGUCCCCUGACAAGGGUUAUCUGGACAGGCAUGGCCACUGUCCCGCUUCACAGAACACAGCCCUUCUGAGCCCAGCCUCUCUUAUAGCCUUGUCCAGAGCUGUCUGCCCCACUGUGGAGCCUGCCUUACCUGUGUCUUAGAGUUGCUAGGAAAUUAGGCAGCUUGUGAGUCCAUCAUUUUCAACUCCUAGUUCCUUUUGGCUCUUAAUAUGACAACAACAACAACAACAACAAAACUACAACACAAUGACAAAAACUCCACUCAAAAGUCAAGAGGAGGAGAAAGUGGUUUUUGAAUAGUUCUAUCUUUUAAGUUUUAAAAUUUUGAUUUCUGAGUAUUUGUAUACAUUGCAUCUUAAGCAAAAGAAAGGCAAGAGAACGUUGUUUCUUAAAGGCUCCACCAGGGGGCUCUCACUCAAGGCCUCUGACAUGACAGAAAACACACGUAGGUCUCCUUUGCAGACAGACAAGCUGAGUAACAGCCAGGAAAACAAGGUUCCUGAGAUCAUUUGACAUUCAUGUCAGAAACUGAGAAUGAGAACCCUGUCACUGAUUUUCUCCAAAGACGAAGAAGAAGAAGAAGAAGAAGAAGAAGAAGAAGAAGAAGAAGAAGAAGAAGAAGAAGAAGAAGAAGAAGAAAUCCUGUCAGUUCUCACAGUGAGAAAUCCAUACUCAACAGUGUUCCCCAAGAGAGUUGACAAUGACCAAGAAGCUGGCAUGGAGCACAUCUGUGUGCACACAGGGUGAUUCUCAGAAGGGACAAAUGUACUUUUCUAUCUGUGAGAAGGUGUGAUUUCUAAUCAUACAUGCUAAGUGCGAUUUCUAAUCACAUAUGCCUUUUAAAGGCAUGGAAGCAUCCAGUUUUAUUUAUGCCAUAGUCUGGUUGAGAUUUAUAUUUUAAAAUAUAAUGUUGGAAUGUGUGUUGGAAGUAGGAACCCCUGUAAAAGCUGGUCUUUUGUGUCUGUGUUCCUGUUUGCAUGAUCUGUCCAAAUAAGAUAUUUUUGCUUACCUAAAACAUGACAUUUGGAAGGAUACUGUUACAUGGCUGUUUGUAUCUACUUUUCUAAGUCUCACAGGCUUAGAACAACUGGAAACAAAAGCCUGACAAGGGAUGUCUGCUCAAAUUUAUAAACGUCCUUUAAAAUGACUUCUAUUUUCUACAACGUGAGGGGAACAGGACAGCCAUGACCAGCCCCCAGCUGUUGCCUCUAGUGAUAAUUCUAAAGUAGCAUCUUACCUAACUUUGCGUCAUGGGACACUUCAUAAUUAGGCUUUGGGAGAUCUUAGGGCUAUGCAAAGAGCUUUGACCUGGGGUCUGACGAAGACAAGGGAUCCAUGAAUACAAGUUAUCAGCUCAGGAACAAGGUGCCCUGUGAUGAUGCUCAGGCUUUCCAAAACUUACGUGAUGUCUUCUACAUGGGAAAUAUCACACGCACAUUAAAAAUAAAGUAUUGGGGCUGGA